AUGUCCUCCCCGGCCCCAACCCCACCCUCAACCCCCCACGUAACCCUCCUCGACUUCACCACCACCCCCCUCUCCAAACACUACGGCCACCCCAACCACUACGCCCUCAUCAUCGACGACCUCCUCACGCCCACCGAAUGCGCCGCCCUCACCGCGCUCGCCGAGUCACACUCAGACGCCUGGCAGCCCGCCGCCAUCAAAAAGGGCGCCACGCGCCACGAGGUCGAAACCGACGUCCGCGACUGCUCGCGCAUCCUGCUCGACGACGCCCCCACCGCCGAGAUGCUCUACCAGCGCAUCCACCCCUUCCUCGCGCUCAUGUGGGAGAUUGGUGGCACGCCGGAGACCGGGGUGGUAGCGGGGACGUGGCGGCGCGGGCGGAGGUGGCGGAUGACGGGUGUGAAUGAGCGGCUGCGGUUCUUGCGGUACGGGCAGGGGCAGUUCUUUCAGGCGCAUUGCGACGCGGCGUAUGUGCGUGCGGGGGGCAGGGAGAGGUCGUUUCUGACGGUGCAUGUGUACCUGAACAGCGAGGGGGAGGGAGAGGAGGGGGAGUGUAGGGGCGGGGCGACGAGGUUUUGGGGAAUGAAUAUGAAGGAGUUUGUGGAUGUGGAGGCGAGGGUGGGGAGGGUGUUGGUGUUUCAGCAGAGGGGGUUGCUGCAUUCGGGGGAGGUUGUGGAGGGCGGGGUGAAGAGGACGCUGAGGUCGGAUGUUAUGUAUGAGGCUGUGGAUGUUGAGGAGGGUAGUGGGGAGGUGGUGAAGCUUAAGGAGGAGUCGAAGUAA